AUGGUACGUAGUCGAGGUUUUAAAACGUCCUCGUCAUUAGACACUAAAAGAUGGUUUCCUGAUGUUGAUUUUAUUAAACAAUUCGAGGGAGUAGCCAUUUACCCGACAGAAGCGAUUGAAAAAUAUUAUAAAGUUAUUUAUCACUCGAGAGUGAGACCUGUUGAGCGUAAAUUACAAAAUAUGUGGAUAAAUUUUGGACCACAGCAUCCAGCAGCUCAUGGUGUUCUUAGAUUGAUUUUAGAAUUAGACGGUGAAACAGUCGUUCGAGCAGAUCCUCAUAUUGGAUAUUUACAUAGAGCUACUGAAAAACUGAUGGAACAUAAGCAUUACACCCAGAAUCUACCUUUUGUUGAUCGUUUCGAUUAUGUGUCAACACUAGCAAAUGAACAAGGUUUUGCAGUAGCUGUUGAGACUCUUCUUAACAUAGAAGUGCCACCUCGAGCAAAAGCUAUACGUGUCCUGUGUAGUGAACUUACUCGCAUAGCUAACCACCUUUUAAAUAUUUCUGGAACGAUUCUUGAUGCUGGUGGCAUAACACCUUUCUUCUGGAUGUGCGAAGAACGUGAAAAAAUUUAUGAACUUUCUGAACGUCUCUGUGGUGCUCGAGUUCAUUGUGGAUAUGUUCGACCUGGCGGAGUAUCACAAGAUAUUCCAAUCGGUUUCCUUGAUGAUGUUCAUGAAUUUUGCUCAAAAUUAGGAGAACGGUGUGAUGAGACGGAAGACUUAGCAACAGGAAAUAGGUUGUACUAUGCGAGAACAGCUGGAAUUGGUUCUGUAACUGCACGUGAAGCAAUUCAUCAUGGUUUUUCUGGACCGAUGCUCAGGUGCACUGGUGUUAAGUGGGAUCUACGAAUUUCGCAACCAUACGAUGGGUACGAUUUGUACGAUUUUGAUGUGCCAGUAGGAACAAUGGGCGAUAGUUACGAUCGUCAUCUUCUUCGAUUAAUGGAGUUACGCCAAUCACUCAGAAUCAUAAAUCAAGUUAUUGAUACCAUGCCUGAAGGUGAAAUAAGAACUGAUGACUCAAAAAUUUCGUUACCUUUGCGUGCAGAAAUGAAGACAUCAAUGGAAGCGCUCAUACAUCAUUUUAAAUUAUGUUCGGAAGGUUAUCCUGUCCCACCUGGAGCAACGUACAGUGCUGUUGAAUGUCCUAAAGGAGAAUUAGGGUUUUACAUGGUUGCUGACGGUACUUCCAAACCAUAUCGUGUUGGUAUACGACCGUGUUCUUACAAUCAUUUGGCGGGUUUAGCUUUUAUGGGUAAGGGUUUGAUGCUAGCUGAUAUAUCUAUUUUAAUUGCUACAAUUGACAUUGUAUUUGGAGAUAUAGAUCGAUAA